CAUGAUUGAGCAGGCAACGGUACUUGUUAACAGAAUCACAGACCUGCCUAUGGGACUGCAGCCACAGGACGCAGAGAGAGACAAGUUCCCCAAGCUUCAGCAUCCCACCACAGAUUGGGCAACUUCUUCUUCUCUACUAAAUGAACUUCUGCUGAGGGGGUCUCAUUUUGACAUCGUCUCCUGCAGUGAUCAAAGCUGGGAAGUUCUGGAAUUUAAAAGAAAAGCUACUUUUCAGGCUACUGCUCUCAAGAUGAUUCCCUCUAUUUCACUGGUGGUACUAUUGACUGUGUGGGCUUCCGAUGCCAAAAAAUUUCCACAGACAAACAGUGCAUCUCUUGAAAAGGAUAUGUUAAAUCUCGACAUUCAAGUCAUUCAAAGCCAUGGUUAUGACAAUGAGGAUGUGAAAGGACUGGAAUGGGACAAGCACCACAAGAGAGCACCGCGGGGUGCAGACGACGAGGACACAGGCGCAGGUGAACCUCAGUCUACCUUCUCACGAUCUUAUGAGAACGAGUUCACCUCACCCAGAGCUACCCAGUUCUCUAGCUCAACCCUGGAAACUGGGGCCAACACAGCCUCAACCCUGGAAACUGGGGCCAACACAGACUCAACCCUGGAAACUGGGGCCAACACAGACUCAACCCUGGAAACUGGGGCCAACACAGCCUCAACCCUGGGACCUGGGGCCAACACAGACUCAACCCUGGACACUGGGGCCAACACAGACUCAACUCUGAACACUGGGGCCAACACAGACUCAACUCUGGACACUGGGGCCAACACAGACUCAUUCCUGGACACUGGGGUCAACACAGCCUCAACCCUGGACACUAGGGCCACUGGGGCCAACACAGACGUGGAUCAGGGCAACAGCAGCACUACAGGAAGGUGGAUCACCAACAUCCACAACCCUCUGUACCCAGUGACUGACAGUUCCUACACUGCCUACGCUGUCAUGUUCCUGUCCCUGGUGGUGUUCUCUGUGGGGAUUAUAGGGAACCUGGCUGUGAUGUGCAUCGUCUGGCACAACUACUACAUGAGGAGUACCUGGAACUACAUCCUGGCCAGCCUGGCUUUCUGGGACUUCCUGGUGCUCUGCUUCUGUUUACCUGUGGUGGUCUUCAAUGAGCUCACCAAUAAGAGGCUGCUGGGGGACAUCUCAUGCAGAGCGGUACCAUAUAUGGAGGUGACCUCCCUAGGGGUGACAUCCUUCAGCCUGUGUGCCCUGGGUAUUGACCGCUUCAACUCUACCACCUGCUCCCAGCCCAAAAUCCGUCGAGUGGAGAGCUGCCAGUCCGUCCUGGCCAAGCUGCUGGUCAUAUGGCUGGGCUCCAUGGUGCUGGCUGCACCAGAGCUGCUCCUGUGGCAGCUCAGCCAGGCCGUGUCUCCAGCCACAGAGGCUGUGGUGGACUCCUGCACCAUGAACCCCACCUCCAACCUCCCCGAGUCCAUCUACACCCUGGUCAUCAACUACCACGAGUGCCGCAUGUGGUGGUACUUUGGUUGCUACUUCUGCCUGCCCGUGGUCUUCACCCUGCUGUGCCAGCUGGCCACCUGCCACGUGUCCCAUGACGGUAUCCCCCGGCGCCUAGAGGAAGGCUCCCCCUCCAAGAAGCAGAAGAUACAGCACAGUCAACAGGUGGAGCGCCAGCUCAACUGCACCGUGAUGGCUCUGGCCGUGGUCUACGGCGUCUGCGCCCUGCCGGAGAACAUGUGCAACAUCGUCCUGGCCUACACCGCCAUGCCCAUCUCUGACGACACCGCCACCCUGCUGGCCCUCAUCAACCAGUUCUCCCUGUUCUUCAAGUCGUCGGUGACGCCGGUGCUGCUGCUGUGCCUCUGUAAGUCUCUGAGCCAGGCCUUCAUGGACUGUUGCUGCUGCUGCUGUGAGGAGUGCCAACCCAGUGGCUCCCAUUCUCCUGGCACCGAGGCCAAACUCAAGAGCACCAACGAGAUGUCCUCCUCCAUCUUCUUUGACAAAGCCAAGGACAGCUCCACCAUCCUGUCGAUCAGCGGGUCCAGCUGAACUGACCUCUCCUGCUUUCUUUCCUUUCCAUCGCCUAAACUGGUUAGAUGUGGUAACAAAGCAACUCACCUUUCAGCAGUGGACAUUCCAACCUCAACCAUAGACACACCUUUUGUUUCCCAGUGCCAGCGUCACCUUCUCUGUAGCCUUAAUGUAUGUAAUGUCUCUCCUUUUGAUGUUCUCUCCAAAUAGAUACAACGCCCCAUCCAGUUUUAAGGUGGUUCAUUUGACAGGAAGUUCAGACAUUGACUAAGUGCAGACUAGGGGGGCUGGAGAGAAGAAGGAGAAGAGCUCCAUUUAAUAUCCUUGUAGAAGUGUCACCCCAAUGUGUGUAUUUUAAGGAUUAUUAGGUCAAAAAUAAACAGAGUAUUAUGUUAGAUUACUAUACUAGGGUUGACUAACAGCCCCAGAGUGUCCCGGCACUGAGAUCAUUAUUUCUUGAUGUCACAACUAUUAACAUAUCUGUAAUAUGAUGUGUGUUGGCUCUUUAGUCGACACAGAUACGUUUGCCUUGUCAUUUUAUUCAUGCCCCC